AAUACUACAACACUUCGAUCGUGCUCUCGGAUGCUAAUUUUCUAUGGGUAUAGUAUUGUGUUGUGAUGAUUGAUGAAAGACUUCGACAGACUCGAUUGAUGUUGGCUCGCAACACGAGAGGUCCACACUCCCCGAAUUUCGCCACACUCAGCCUCAAGCGUCAUCCCGAGUCUUCAACAUUUACCCAUGCAGGUCGUCAAAGGUCACGUUAUGCCGCGCCCCUGCCAAAAGCGGCGCGCACGCGUCGCUGCACAGCGCAGUGCAAAUGCGAAGUCAGCUCCUCGGCCUCCACCACCGAAAUCGAAAGGACAGAUGCGAGCGACACGUAGUGGCCGCGGCCGUGGUCGCGGUCGCGGUCGAGGAGGCAACUUUGGAGGUCGCCCAGCACGAGGACAGAGCAGCAACGAUGGCGCAGAAGAGUUUAGGUCGUUUGUGAAGGCUCAGAGGAGUGGGAAUCAGUUCGGCACGCUGAACAACAACGCUCGAGCAGGCGGUGGUAGCUCGUUCGACCCGAUCGCGCUGGACGACUCAGAUCUUGAGGAGGGCGAGCUCACCGACGACGGCUCUGACAUGGACUACUCGAUGAGCGACGUCGACACAGACGACAGCGCAGACGACAUGAUAAUCAAUCUUCGAGAGGUUCGGCCACGGAAAGCGAGACCGAGGAGGGCAGAAGUCAUGUUCACUGCGCUGGAAGCAGUGUCCAUCUACGACACCAUGCACCAGGCUGGGUUUCCUUUGGCUGCAAGGAAGAUGGGCAGAUUCGAUGCUAGUGGAGAGGUAGUGGAGGUCGAGAUUGAGGCCAUCUACACCAAUAACCACCAUGCCACGCAAAAUUCGCACAUCAAGUUCACAGAGGAGACGAACGCACAGGCUUCGACCAGAAGUGCUGGCGAUCACUCAACGAGAUCAUCUGCCUACGUCUCAGACUUCCCAAGAGGACAGCGACCGGCUGUCAACAACCUAACGAACGCCGCGCCACGACUCCCAGACCACGACUUUGUGCAAGACUAUGUUUUUGAUUGGGGGAGGUACAAGAACAGCCACAUCUCAGACGUGCCAGAGAGCUAUUUGCGCACCAUCGGUGGGCAAUCAUUUAUCUUCGACGGCAGACACCCCGGUUUGAAAGAAGCAUUCGAUCACCACCGUCCAGAACUGCGAAAGACCGUCACGAACCCACAGCCACCAACACAAGCACCAGUACAAGCUCCAAGACGUACACGAGGCGGUGCUUUGAACGGUGCUUCACCAUCUGAGAAGUACAAGUUCCCCAAGGGCGCAUUUAAAGGCAAGCGUCUUGAUGAAGUGGACGAGAACUACAUAAAGACAUUAGAGGGCAUGCCAACUGUUGUUCACUCUUGGCCUGGUCUGAAAGAAGCACUCGCAGACUUCAAUGGAAAGACCGGCCGACAAGGGAGGGUUUACCCAUGAAACUGGAAGAUGGUGCACGUGGGGGGUCGCGACUGCCUCCAUUUUGGCGUUGCAGUCCGUGCUCACUUUUUCUAAACACUG